AUGACAGAAGAGGACAAAGGACAGAGGAAAGAAAAAAGAGAGAAAAAGGACAGACUCACAGAGAGAGGACAGAGAGAGGACCGAAAACAGAAAGAAAAAAAGGGCAAAAAAAAGGUAAAAAAAGAAAAAAAUCCCCCAAAAAAGGACAGAGAAAGGGCAAAUUUUACAGAAGAGGACCGAGAGGAAAACCAGAGAAGGACAAGGGAAAAAGGGAAAACACAAAAGAGAGAGGACAAAAGGAUUACAGAGAGGAAAAAAGACAAAGAAAGGAAAAAGGCCUAAAAGAGAGAGGAAAAAAGAGGAAGAGACAGAUCAAAAAAAGAGGAGGACAGAAAGAAAAGGCCCAAAAAUUACAGAGAGAGGACAGACUCCCCCAGGAGAGGGAAAAGAGAGAGGACAGAUUUACAGAAAAGGGGAAAGGACAGAUUUACAAAAAGGCGAGAGAGACAGAGAUGUGUUAUUGUCGAUCAGCUGACUCAGGGUUAUGCGCUCAUUAAUGAUUCAGUGUCCUGCAGUCUGACCUCCAUCACUGAGGACUCUGUGUCCCUGAUGGACAUCUGA